UGUGUGUGUGCGUGCGUGUGUGUGUGUACAUGCAUGCGUGCAUGUAUCUUCAUAUGAAUAUUUUGGGAAUUAUUGCAGACAGUUGCAGAGUUGUGAAAAUGGGAGAUUCUGUGCACAUUUCUGACAUGUCAGGUUGCAGUAUAUUUUAACAGCACAUUUUUUUCCUAUUACUGUACCCUAAUACAUUGAUAUUAUGUCACUUGACCAUAGCAUCUAAAACAAAGUGACUUUCACUCCAUUAAGACAAGUAGAUAUUUUCACUGAGUCGCAUCAAAUUAAACGUCUUUCUUUCUGCUGGAAAGAGUGUACGCUGUGAUAUUUCACCCUCAGGUAACAAAAUCACCCGUGUGCCUUAUCAGUCAGUGCUGCUGAUAUGAAGACAAUUCCCCCGGCGAAGCAGCAUGCGGCCAGUUAACCGUGAAAUAAUGUGGGUGAUUCUUCUCCUAUUGUUGUGAAGACCUCGCCCACUGCCCCCUGAGUGUGGGAAACCUAAUCCUGCCUUGGGCACAUGGCUUUGUAAUGCAAAUGCGGCUCUAUAAAUAGGAGCGGAGAGCCCUCAGUCAGAACACAAUCACCCUGACUUCUUCUGAGACUCCUGACCAACAGAAACAUGGCUCCUUACUCCUACUGCAGUGACGCUGCCAGUCUAAAGAUGUCCGGCAAGGAAAAGAAUAAACUAAGAAAACCAGUGGUGGAGAAGAUGCGCAGAGAUCGCAUCAACAGCUGCAUAGAGCAGCUCAAGAAGCUCCUGGAGAAGGAAUUCCAGCAGCAGGACCCCAACGCCAAGCUGGAGAAGGCCGACGUCCUGGAGAUGACAGUGACCUUCCUGAAGCAGCAGCUCCGACCUCGGGCUUCUUUCUCCGCCGUCCCCAGGGCGCACAGUGAAGGCUACACCCAGUGCUGGCGGGAGACCCUCCACUUCCUGUCCAGCUGCAAGGGUGCCGUGCCCCUGCAGUGGCUUCACUGUCUCCAUGGAUCCCAGAGGGCCACUCAGCAGCUCUACCCCAUGUCUCCUGCCAGCUCCACAUGUGAACUGGUUCCAGUGAAGCAAGAACCUGGUGCUGAGAAACCCAUCUGGAGGCCGUGGUAGAGCCACUGGGACAUGAGAACCUGAGGGGUGGUCAUCUGCCUCUCAAAGUGUAGGAAAGAUCAUUUCCACAGUGUUUAAUAUGUUGGGGAUUUCCUUUAUAUUGAAGGAUGUGUAUGUCUGUAACAGACUUAUUUUUAUGUAGCUUCUUCUCAAAGGAGAUUAUUGUGUCGUUUUGUUUUCUUAUAUGAGUUAAAAUCUGCCCUUACAAUGAUGGUGUGAUGAAUCAUUGGGGAAUCUAAACAUGUAUGGCUGCUGUGCAGCAAAAGUUUUUCUUGAAGGUACUGCUUGUCCUUUCAGUUGUAUACGUUACGAAACGUGAGGCAACUUUUUUAUUUUUGAUGGUAGAAUAUGUGUUCUGACGCUUUUAGGCAACUCAAAAUGUUGUAUGUUUCAUCAUCC